UAUUGGCUAAAACUCGCCAUCUACUGGUCACACUCACACCAGCCUUCGUGUAGGUCGACGAUCUACUGUUUACGAUACGUAUGACGAUACGAUACUACGAUCUAUUGUUUUGAAUUUUUUUAUAGUGUUACGAUAAAUGGCACGGAAAAUUUACGAUCCAAAUGAAGAUGAAAAUUCUACGCCGUCCGAUUCUGAGCUGCAGAUUCAAAGCAGAGAGCUAUACACAAAUUUCGUUCGAGAAGAAAUUGAAUUACAAGGAUUACCAGUUCCAGAUGUUCCUGUACUUGAUAACAUUCAGUUCAGCAACCCUCUGUGGAUAUGCAAUGCUUCAAACUUGCGACAACUGGCUAAUGAGUUUUCUCAAUCACCACUUAGAAAUGAAGUUCGACUAAGAGCCCAAAGUGUUGAUUUGACUACCCUUAAUGGACAAAAUUUUAGUGAGAUGAUACAGGAGAUCUUCAGUGGGGGAACUUUAACAAGAGAAAGAGUCCUUGUAGUGUUUUUCUUUUGCUCAGAUGUCGCCUUGUUUGCACUGCAAAACCACACCCUGAAUCUUUUCUCCAAGUUGAUUCAAUGGAGCACAGAUUACAUUACAGGAAGAUUUUCAAAUUUCAUCUCUAGUCAAGGAGGAUGGACAGCUGUUUUGAAUAAUUCUAUUAAUACUUUGCUGAAGGUGUCAGCAACAGCUGCAUGUUGUGUAGCAGUAGUGGCCAUGCUGGUAUUCAUUAGGAAUAACUGGAAAUAGCCAAGCAUGACAAUAAACAAUUGCUCAACUAUUUAGUUCUAGUAAGUAGUAACAACUACAGUAUAUUACUAUAAGUAAACACACAAUUCAGCUAGUCACAUCACUUGUUUGUCAAGCUACUAACAAAAAAAAGUACCGGUUGGUUUACGGAAUUAUUCUGCAGCUAUUUUCUGACAAAUUUCAUCCGUAUAUUCGGAACAUUUUCCUUUACCUCCUAAAUCUGCAGUUAAAUACUUCCCUUCCUGCAAAAUCAUGGGAAAAAAGACCAAGAUGACAGUCUAUAACAACAUGAUAAAAUUAAUUAUUAUAGCUAUCUAACCUUAAUUGUGGCAUAGCACGCUCUUUCGAUUUUUGCAGCAUGUUCGGGGAGAUUCAUGUAGCGCAACAUCAUGACGGCUGACAACAACAGGGCCGUUGGAUUAGCUUUAUCUUGACCAGCAAUGUCAGGUGCUGUUCCAUGAA